AUGCCUUCUGCAAUUGAAAAUAAAAAUGUUACCAGGAGAGAAAUCCUUGAUAUGAUGAAUGAAAAAGAAAAACUUGAACAACAGUUAAAAAUUCUCAGUGAACACUUGGACUCUCAUGGAGUGGGUAUGAAUGAGCCAUUGGUGGAUGACCAAGAUUUUCCUCGAAAUGAUAUAGAUGUACAUCAAAUUAGAUUAACAAGAAAUCGUUUUAUUUGUACCCGUAACGAUUUAAUAGCAUUAAUGGACCGCAUUGAAAAAGGUUUAAAUGCUUAUUUUACGCAAACCAACCACAAUGAAGCUGAACAUACAGUUAAUGGACAUUGCAGUUUAAAACCAGAUCAUUAA